UUCCAAACCACAGCAAAACCCAACAAAACCAUGGUGGCAGUGGCUUCGCAGAGAACCAAAACAAGAUGUUUAUCACUCAUCUUCCUAAACUCCAUUCCCACUUCUCCAUUUUCUGCCCAAAACCCAAGAUUCUCAUAACCUCCACACUCUUAUCCAAAUCUAAAACAACCCCAGUUUCCCAUUUUUCAUCAGUUACAGCAGCAGCCAACACACUCCUCCAAAACCCAGACUCACAAACCAAGAAUUUGGAACUUGAAGAUGUUCAAGAACAAAAUUCCCACAUAGAAAUUUCAGUUGAAAAGCUAUUUGUUCCACCUGAUACUGAUAUUUCUUCUGGUUCAAGGCCCUUGAGUGCUAGGAUUUUAAAAGGGUCAAAUAUUGUGCUUAGCAAAUAUGCUGGGGAUGCUCAAGUGGAGCAAGCUGAGUUUGUGAAGAGCAGUGUGGAGACUGAGGAAUGUCCCUCUGAUGGAAAGCCUGAGUUUGCUCUUGUUGGGAGGUCCAAUGUGGGCAAAUCUUCUUUGCUUAACUCGCUUGUGAAGCGUAAAAAGCUUGCUCUUACUUCCAAGAAACCAGGGAAGACACAAUGCAUCAAUCAUUUCCGGAUCAAUGAGAGCUGGUACCUUGUAGAUUUACCAGGCUACGGGUAUGCAGCUGCGCCACAUGAAGUACGGACAGAUUGGGCUAAGUUCACCAAAGAUUAUUUCCUAAACCGGCCAACCCUUGUCUCAGUCUUCCUCCUCAUAGAUGCUAGCAUCCCUGCAAAAAAGAUUGACCUUGAGUAUGCAAGUUGGUUGGGACAGAAUCAGAUCCCAAUGACACUAGUUUUCACCAAGUGUGAUAAGAGGAAAAAGAAGAAGAAUGGAGGGAGAAGGCCUGAAGAGAAUUUGCAGGAUUUUCUAGUGUUGAUACAGAAGUUCUUCCAAACUGUACCACCUUGGAUUAUGACCAGUAGUGUCACCAACCAAGGUCGAGAUGAGAUACUGUUGCACAUGUCUCAGCUGCGAAACUAUUGGCUGAAGCAUUGAGUUGGCAGCAUAUGCUUAAUAGGUGCUGUGACUAAAUUUUUGUCCAACAUCUCUGAACUAACCAGUGUUGGUGAGUGCUUACGGAAGAGUCAAAAGUGAUGUUUAAGCGCAAGGACGUGCAGGGUACAAUUGGCAUCAUCAAGAAUCUUGUGCCUUAGAAGCCUGAGUUACUGUAACACUGGGGAAAAAGAGCCUUUUGGUGACUGCCUUAGGUAAUUGUUAUUGUUAUACUUUCUUACAACUAGUUAUCCUUCUCAGAAUUCACCCGGUCAAAGAGUCUAGCACUAGCUUGAGCUUUGGUUGCUAGAAAAACUCAAAUGGAGAAUGCCCAAGAAACAGGGCCAUUUCUCUUGUAUAUACACAACUCUAGUUUUCUUUGACCUUUGUAAUGCAUGUUUUGACAAAGAAAUGGAUCAUUAGAAAUGCUGGCAUUAUUUAUUUUCUGACUUGCUAAUACAUGGUUUUUGAUCUCUUUGUA